UUUCUUCAUCUCACUCAACUUUUCCAAUGAUCCAAUCACUAACUCUACCUGCCGGAACCUCCUUCCCUUUUUCCCUUCACAACCCUUCUACUUCCACCGCCGGCAGCCGCCACGUCACAUUUCUCCGACGGCCUAACCGGAGAUCAUCUGUAAACGCCGCCGCCGUUGCGGAGGCUCCGCCGGCGUUGGAGAGGAGAACUCCGGCGAGUCUUUAUGAUGUGCUAAAUGUAAAACAAAAUGCGUCAGCUAAGGAUAUUAAGGCGGCUUACCGGAAUUUAGCUAAACAAUACCAUCCCGACACCGCAUCUUCACGACCCGACCCGACCCGGAAUUUCAUUGAGAUUCACGAAGCUUAUGCGACGCUAUCUGAUCCUGUGUCUAGGGAUCUCUAUGACCUCAAAUUAAACGUGAGCUCUCGCCGACCAGGUUUUGGGAUUAAUGGGUCGGAGUUUUGCCCGACCCGAAGAUGGGAAACGGAUCAGUGUUGGUGAGAUGUUAGAUGAUUAAGGACCCCACAUUUUGCCGCGUUAACAUUGUAUUGUAUACUAUCGCAAAUGGCAUUUUAGUUGGAGAUUUUAGCUCGUGUAUAUAAGUAUCUUCUUAAUUUUUGUUUCCAUUUUUGCUUCCUUGUGAGAGGCCAAUUGGAAAUUUCAUUGUUGAGGAUAUGAGUAAAUACAUAUUUCACAGUUU